UUUAUUAUCGCUGCCUCCUGUGGUAACCCAAGGGAGGAGGGCAGCAGGGUGCAGGGUUUCAGUGGGGCUCACUCGGUCUUACUGUAAAUAUGAUCCGUGUAGCUUCCGUACAUCGGGGUCAAACCGUCUGAUUCCAGGGCUCCGAUCCUCCGGAUGGUGUCUUCUCCCCGCGACGCGACAGGAGACAGCGGCAUCCUCACCGCCUUUUGCGUCUCGUUUCCCGAGGAGGUGAAGGUGUCAUCUCAGCCCCUGAAGCCGCUAUGAGGCGAAUAACGGGGAAGAAUAAGGAUGAAACUUUGAUCGAGCUGCAGAGCGCCGCAGACUCACAGACUGCAGAUGGUCCCGCCACGUUGACCGCGUUCAGGAUAAACCUACACUCAGAUGAAACCAGUGGAAAUGGCAUCAACUCUUCAUCUGAAAGAGCUCCACUGCCUGGACACACGGAGACGGACAAACUCCAACCGAACAAAGACACCGUGUUCUUCAGGGACGGCGUGCGCAGGAUCGACUUCGUGUUGUCUUACGUGGACGACAAAGAUGGAGAAAAGAAGCAGGAAAGGAGGAGGGCGUUUGAGGCCAACCUUGAGAAAGCGGGACUGGAGCUGGAGACGGAGGACAAAGUGGACUCCAAAGAUCAGAAGACGUAUUUCUUAAAGCUCCACGCUCCGUGGGACGUGCUCGCCGCCUACGCCGACGUCCUGAAGAUUAAAGUUCCCUUCAAGGAGAGCGACAUCCCCCACGGUCAGGACGUCCCGCUGGAGUGGCUCACUCACCCGUUCCGCCUCCCGGACAACAUCACGCGCCCUCAGCCCGACUACUUCACGUACCCCUUCGACAAGGCCAAGACAGACUUCUUCCUCAUCAGCGACAAGGACACGUUCUUCCCCCCGUCCACCAGAAACAGAAUAGUGUUCUACAUCCUGGCUCGGUGUCCCUACUACAACGAGGGACGGAAAGACAGAGACAAGACGGGAAUCAAGCGUCUGCUCAGUAACGGGACGUACACGGCCGCCUUCCCCCUCCACGAUUGUCGAUACUGGAAACGAGCGAGAAACGCUGAGUGUGAGAGCGAACGCUUCAACCUGUACAGACACUGGGCCAGAUUUCUGUGCUUUUACAAAGUGCAGCCUCUGAACCUCAUCAGGAAGUACUACGGGGAGAAGAUUGGGAUCUACUUCGCGUGGCUGGGCUUCUACACGGAGAUGCUGUUCUUCGCCGCGGUCAUGGGGCUCAUAUGUUUCACCUACGGAGUCCUCAGCUAUGACGACAACAUAUCCAGCAAAGAGAUUUGUGACCCUGAUAUUGGAGGAAACAUCAUGAUGUGUCCUCUGUGUGAUAAAAAGUGUCCUUUUUGGAAGCUCAACUCCACGUGUCUCUCGUCCUGGCAAUCCCAUCUGUUUGAUAAUGAGGGCACGGUAUUCUUUGCCAUAUUUAUGGGGAUCUGGGUGACUCUGUUCUUGGAGUUCUGGAAGAGGCGUCAGGCCCGGCUGGAGUACGAGUGGGACCUGGUGGACUUCGAGGAGGAGCAGCAGCAGCUUCAGAUCCGCCCGGAGUUUGAGAUCAGAUGCACGAACCGGAGGCUGAACAAGAUCACGCAGGAAAUGGAACCGUAUCUCCCCGUCACCAGCAAGUGUGCUCGCUUCUGCCUGUCCGGAGCCACGGUUUUAUUCUGGAUUUCUCUGAUCCUGGCCUGUGUCAUCGGGGUCAUAGCGUACAGGCUGGCCGUGUACGCAGCCUUCGCGAGCAUCAUUAAAGACCCCAUGAGGAAGAUCCAGGUGGUGGGCAGGUUCAUCACUCCACAGCUGGCCACCUCCGUCACCGCCUCCUGCCUCAACUUCGUCAUCAUCAUGAUCCUCAACUACUUCUACGAGCAGGUGGCCGUGUGGAUCACUGACAUGGAAAUCCCCAAAACGCACCUGGAGUACGAGAACAGGCUGACCAUGAAGAUGUUCCUGUUCCAGUUCGUCAACUGCUACUCGUCCUGUUUUUACGUGGCCUUCUUCAAAGGCAAGUUCGUGGGUUCUCCCGAGAAGUACUCGUACAUGUUUGGGAAAUGGACGGAGAUGAGGAACGAGGAGUGUGACCCCGGAGGAUGUCUGAUAGAGCUGACCACUCAGCUGGUCAUCGUCAUGGUCGGGAAACAGCUGUGGGGAAAUAUUCAGGAAGCUCUGCUGCCAUUGAUACGCAACUGGUGGAGCAGCAGGAGAGGACGCCACAACCCCGAGAACCACUACAGCCGCUGGGAGCAGGACCACGUCCUGCAGAACUUCAGCCAGCUGGGUUUGUUCUACGAGUACCUGGAGAUGGUGAUCCAGUUUGGCUUCAUCACUCUGUUCGUGGCCUCCUUCCCCCUGGCCCCCCUCCUGGCCCUUUGCAACAACAUCCUAGAAAUCAGGGUGGACGCCUGGAAGUUCACCACCCAGUUCAGACGCCCGGUGGCGUCCAAGGCCCGAAACAUCGGAGCGUGGCAGGAGAUUCUCAACGCAGUGGCCAUUUUGUCCGUUGUUACCAACGCGUUCAUCAUGGCGUUCACCUCGGACAUGAUCCCCCGGAUGGUGUAUCUGUACGCGUACAGUAAAGAGAACAGCAUGAGAGGCUACGUCAACAACAGCCUGUCCAUAUACAACGUCUCAGAGAUAAGUCCUAAGAACAUGCCGGAGGACGACUGGUUUGACAACAGCACCUCCACCUGCAGAUACCGGGAUUAUCGUCACCCCCCCGACCACAUCAACAAGUACACACACACCAUGCAGUUCUGGCACAUCCUAGCAGCCAAAAUGGCCUUCAUUAUUAUCAUGGAACACGUGGUGUUCGUGGUGAAGUUCUUCGUGGCGUGGAUGAUCCCGGACGUCCCGUCGGACGUGAAGGCGCGGAUUAAACGGGAACGCUACCUGAUCCAAGAGUACCUGCAUAAAUACGAGGUGGAGAAGCUGAAAAUGCAGCUGAGCGCCAGCUUCAUCACGGAGCCGCCGUCGGAAACGUCCCUGAGCAUGGACAAGCAUGAAGUGUUGUCCGAGUGCCUGUAGCCGCCGCCUCGUACCUUCAGUAACCAAACCUCACAGGAAACAUCCGUUCUGUAUUUAAAGGGCUCCUGUCUCUGAGGAUAAACACACUGUUUCUUUGUUAUUAUUAUUGUUUUUUUUUUGUACAGACGUUAACUCCUAUAUUAGGAUCUUUAAAGUGGCGUCAGAGAAAAUCCAGUCCAACGUUACAUUUUGUUUAAGAGUCAUCUUCUUUAGUGAGACACUGCUGUGCCAUAAAAAGAGUUUUUCUUCUGGAAAACAACGCUUCCCUCUGUCCUGUCUCCAGACCGUCUGUUUGUCCUGGACGAAAUAACCUCUGUACGUGCUGAUAGAGCUGUGAUGUUGAGCAUAAAGUUUGAUGGUCUGUCCUGUAAAGAGAUGAAUGCGGUGCAUGUUGUUCUAACGUGAAUUCAAGAUUUAGAAAAGAAGACGCCAGUGGUGGUUGUAAAUUUAUAUAAUUAAAAUAUGAAGGUAGAAAACAGAUGUUUAAAUAAAUGAGAUGGAACGCAGAUGUUUAACAGGAGUAAUGAAGUUCUACAUCGGGGCGACUACAGUGUCAGUCUGGUCAUGUGACCGUGUGUCAUGUUUAGGGAAAACUCUUAAAAAUAAAGAAAUGUGCAUUAAAAACCCGAGUACCUCCAACCUGCUGCAGUGACGCUGUAACAAUCAGCAGCUGCAUAAGUCAUUACAACGAGAAAACUUCUAGAAAUAACGCGAAACUUUCCUGAAAUAACGAGUUAGUGUCUAUUAACCUAAUGAGAAACUUCCUAAAGGCUCGAAGCCUAAAAUGAUGACGACAUGUUUUAAAAUAAUUAGACUCUUUCGCUUAUUAUCUCAAAAAGAAUUAAACUUUCCAAAGUCAGUUAUUAUAAGGAGAAAGUUUCCUUAAAUAAUGAGUUAAAUAUUUCAAAAUUAAAGACUGAGAUACUUUCUCAAACUGAUUUAAUAGUUAGUGAUUUACAUUAUUUAUUCACACUAACUAUAAGUCAUUAUAAUGAGAAGUAAUGUGAAACUUUCCUGAAAUCAUGAGUUAGUAUUUUAACCUAAUUACUAACUUUCAAAAUGAUGAAACACUAAUAAAACUCCAGUAACGGCAUGGAAAAAUAAUAAUAAUAAUAAUAAUAAUAAUAAUAAUAAUGGUUAGACACUUGAUUAUUAGAAAUUAACAAAAUUAUCAUAUAUUUAAAAAUCUUAAAAAUGACUUAACAUCUCAAAUAAGUUUGCUUUUUUAAUAUCAACAACAAAAGUUUCUGUAACUUUCUUGAAACCAGUUAAUGUUUAACAGAUACAAGAGAAUAACAGACUUAGUAUAUUAUAAAAAAAAAAAGAGUUUGUAAGUCAUUAUAAUAUGAAAAUGACAGAAGUUUCAUCUACAAACUAGACACUUUCUCAAAAAGUUUGUAACUUAAAACUUAAAAUAAAGUCCUGAAUGUUUUUACAUUAUUUGUAGAUGCUCUGUUUAUAAUUAUCAGGAAGUCAUAGCAAUGAGAAAGUUUAAACAUUUCACAUGAUUUAAAAGUCAGUGGAAUGAGAAACUUCUUUUGGAAUAAUAAAAUAAUAACGUACCUUAACUUUUUCAAACUUCAAACUAAUGAGAAAGUGUCUUAUAACAGAGUGUAAUCGAUAACGUGCUGAAACUAACCAACCGCUUUGUUAAACUAACUCAUUAUUCUCAGAUUUGUUUUGUUUCUAACUCGUUUAUUUGAGAACGUUUCUCCUUCUAAGGAUUUUAUUUUCACACGUACGUAAAAGAGUCUCUGUCUACUGCCGACCUGCUCUGGGACCAAUUCAUGCUACGACCUUUUACAGAAGAGAAGAACGCGUUUGAACCGUAUUUGGUAUUUUCCUCUUUGAGAUGACUCCGGUGACUGUAGGGAUGAACGUCAGUAAAGACUGAUACAAAGAAUAUGAGAGUCGGUUUAAACGUGCAAUUAAUAUAUUGUUGUGUUUCUGCUCUGUAGUCUGAAGCUUUUCUGUUUAGAGUUCGUCUUUAAUCCUCUUUUCUGCUCUUUCAGUUCUUCAACCAGAUUUACAUUAUAGGGCUGGACAAGUUCAAAAAAUGUUCUGUACAUGACAAUAUCCCUACAGAUGUAUAAGUUUUUUUGUUUUUUUUUAAUCUCCUGUUCUUAAUAUUCAUCUAAAUCUCCGUGUUUCUACCAAAACCUCGUUGGGAUUCACACCAUAAGAGAUGCAGUUCUUACUCCAUCUACCAGCCUGGCUCCUUCCGAUCUCAGGAUUAAUAAAAACCACCUCCUGUUUGUCGAUGACUUGUUGCAGACGCCUGACAGCAUUUUUUCAAACGUGACGCCGGAAGGUGCACGACGUCGCCCUCCCACAAACGAAUGCCUUAAACGUGUGUUUACUCGUUUCUUUUUGUAUGAUUUUGUAAAGACGUUUCCUAACUGAAUCUGUUGAACAUCGUUUGUCGCCGCUGCUGCUGCUGCCGCUGCCGUUCCUGUCGUCGUUUUGUGCACGAAAUGUCGCCGUGUAAAUAUUUUAGUCCUGUUCUGAAUUCUCUGUACUCAUCUGAGCAGGAACUGAAUAAAUCGGUCAAUAACCACAAUAAACUGGCGAAAGUUCUGUUUGA